AUGGAUGUUAGAAAUUAUACGUGGGUUAAUUCAUUUGAAAUAACAAGUGUAAAUGUAACGACUAAUUCGACUAAUUCUGGCUCAUCUAUGCCACAAUCAUCGCAAACUAAUGGUGGAUUGGUUACAAUAAUCGCAUCAAUUGGAGGAACAUUGGGCGCUGUUAUAAUUAUGGCAUGUGGAUUUUUAUUUUAUAGAUGGAAUAAAGAUAGGAUCGUACAAUUUCCAGAAGAACAUAAACUACCUGGAA